CUCGGCCCUCUGUCUUUUCCCCUGGUGGUAACUGGCACAAUACCUACACCUUUAAGAGGCUUGGUUACGUCUGAAAAAAAUUCCAGAGCAGCCGUUUAAGAGCGGAUGCUUGAAACUUGCUCAAAUUGGUCCAGGCCGCAUAAGGGGCGGGGUAUAGCAAACUCCACAGAAGUGAUGGGCCUUCCUGCGGCUCCGCCCCGGUAAGCAAUCGCUAACCUGACCUGUGAUUGGUCACAGCCUCUGGAGGCGGGCCUAAGUUGAGCGCGGGUUUCCUCUCAGCAGUUGAGCCUGCAGUCGUGGGCGACAUGUCCAGUGCAGGUGGGGAAGAGCGUAGGGACAGCGGAGGAGACGGCACUAAUGCUUGCAGCCUCUUCAGCUUCAGCCCGGAGCCCACGCUCGAGGACAUCCGCCGCCUCCAUGCUGAGUUUGCUGCUGAAAGAGACUGGGACCAGUUCCACAAGCCUCGGAACCUCCUCCUGGCCUUGGUGGGGGAAAGUGGGGAGUUGGCAGAGCUCUUUCAGUGGAAGCCUGAUGAGGAGCCUGGCCCCCAAACCUGGCCCCCCAAGGAACGGGCAGCCCUUCAGGAGGAGCUCAGCGAUGUCCUCAUCUACCUGGUAGCAUUAGCAGCCCGCUGCCGUGUGGACCUGCCCCAAGCAGUGCUCUCCAAGAUGGACACAAACCGGCGACGCUACCCAGCACAUCUGUCCCGUGGCUCCUCCCGCAAAUACACGGACUUGCCCCAUGGGGCCACCUCUGAAGACCAGACCGUGGGGACUACAGACCUUGCCUGUGAAUCCACACGCCAGGAGGCCUCAGCCUAGAACCGUGGACCCACCACCUGCAACUCAGCAUGGCAUCUGAGGAACAGGUGGUUGCCUGGCCAUGGAACCUCAUUCUAGCCCUUUCUUUCCAGCUCACUGGCCUGGCAGCCCAACGUCUGAGGUCUGAGGCUCAAGAACCUCUGGAAGACAGCUUCUUGGUACUCCUCUCUCAAUAAAAGUUUUGUCUAGCAA